AUGGCCAAGAAGGAUAAGAAGCUGAAGGAGGCGAAAAAGGCCCGUACUGCUGAAAAGGCUAAAAAGAACGAGGCUAAGGCGGCUAAGAAGGCCAAGAAGUUUGACGACGAAGACGCGGAUGACCAGGAUAUCGAUGCCAUUCUCGAACAAUUUAAGAAGGAACAGGAAGAGUUUGAAAGAGUGACGGUGGAGGUCGUCGACCCGCCGCUGAAACGGUUGCUGGCAGCCAUGGUAGCCAGUCCGUGCAACCGGCGGGAGAUCUUGUUGUUUGGCGGGGAACAGGUGGAGCUGGGACUGGGGCUCUUAAGGUUCUACAACGACUUAUACUCUUACAAUACCGAUACCGACGUGUGGCGUAAAAUCUCGUCGAAGAACCUGCCGAUGCCCCGUUCGUCCCACGCCAUGUGUGCUCAUCCGCUGGGGAUCGUGGUGUUGUUUGGGGGUGAGUUUCUGUCGCCGAAACAGAACACCUUUUACCACUAUGGGGACACGUAUAUCUUGGACGUGGAACUGCGGCUGUGGUCUAAAGUCGAACAGAAGAACGGGCCGUUACUGCGUUCGGGCCACCGGAUGGCGUGCUGGAAGAACUAUAUCAUGAUGUACGGGGGUUUCCGCGACUUGGGCGCCGGUGGUACCACCUAUCUCGACGAUUUCUGGGUGUUUGACGUCCAGGAAUACAAGUGGACGAAGAUCGAGUUCCCGCCGACACUUCUGGUCCCCGAGGCUCGCUCGGGCCACUCGUUAUUGCCUUGUACUGAAGGGGCGAUUAUCUAUGGUGGCUACACUAAAGUGAAGACGAAGAAGAAGGGGUUGCAAAAGGGGAAGGUGCUUGGCGACUGCUGGCUCGUGAAGAUGAACCUGGACCCUAAGAAGAUCCGUGUGGAGAAACGGCGGAAACAAGGGCCCCAGCCACUGCCGCGUGUCGGGUGUCAGCUCCAAUUCCACAAGAAUAGAGGGAUCAUGUUUGGUGGGGUCUACGAUUUUGAAGAGCUGGAGGAGAGCUUGGAGCUGGAGUUCUACAACCAGGUGUACCUGUACCAAGUGGAGCUGAACCGGUGGUUUAACUUGACGCUUAAACCGCGUCGUCGUAAAGCUGAGAAGCGGGAGAAAGAUACCAAAGCUCGUGACGAAGACUUGGAAAACAUUUUGAAUGAGAUCUUGAAGAAAGCAAACUUAAACGAUGAUGACGAAGAUCGUCAAGCGGUAGCGGCUGCCGUGGAAGAGGAAGAAGAGGAGGAGACGAGAGAGUUCACCUAUAUCAACCAGAUGCCCCACCCGAGAUUCAACGCCACCACCUGUGUCGUGGAAGACUCAUUAUACAUUUUCGGAGGGAUGUUUGAACGUGGGGAACGUGAGUUCACCUUGGACUCUAUGUAUGCCAUCGACUUAGGGAAGAUGGAUGGGGUUAAGGUUAUCUGGGAGAACCUUAAGGAACUUGAAGACGCUGAGGAAGCUGAACAAGACGACGAGGAGGACUAUGACGAUGACUUCGAUGAUGAUGAUGACGAAGAAGAGCCCGAAGAUGAGAAGCUUGAGGCGGAAGAGGAAGAUGAAGAAGAAGAGGAAGAAGAGGAACAGGAAGAAGAAGAGUUCCCCGAUGCCCGCACUUGGUUGCCUCACCCGAAACCGUUCGAGACGUUACGGGCUUUCUAUAUUCGUACUGGGGCUCAGUUCUUGGAGUGGUCGAUUUCCAGUAACCGUGAUGCUCGAGGCAAGUACUUGAAGAAGGCGGCGUUCGAUCUUUGCGAGGACAGAUUCUGGGAACGGCGGGAAGCGUGUGCGGCGGAGGAAGACAAGUUGGAGGAGUUGGGUAUUGGUGAAGUGGUGGAGACGGUCGACGAUAAGAAACGGUCGAAACAGCGCCGGUGA